CUGCGUCCCGAAAUUUCGCGGCUUCUUUGCGUCUGAAAGAGACACCGGAACGUUCCACGCACGCGCCGUCGCAAAUUCAUCUUUUUGUCUUCCGACCUUCUGCGCACAGACAGAGAACUUGUUGAGAGAGCGAUUGUGACUUGGUCUUCGAACUCAUUAGAUGGUCUCAGGCGCGGUCUCAGCCAUGGCGGCGAAACAAGCCGAUCGUCUCAAGGAAGAUGGGAACAUUUACUUUAAGAAAGAACGUUUCGCUGCCGCAAUCGAUGCUUAUACCGAGGCGAUAACCCUGUGCCCUCAUGUUCCUGUCUACUGGACGAAUCGAGCUCUUUGCCACCGGAAGCGGAAUGAUUGGACUAGGGUUGAAGAGGAUUGCCGGAAAGCCAUUCAGCUUGACCACAAAUCUGUCAAGGCCCACUAUAUGCUUGGACUUGCAUUACUACAAAAGGAAAAAUACGCCGAUGGAGUCAAAGAAUUGCAGAAGGCUUUGGAUCUCGGAAGAGGUGCAAACCCAACAGGAUAUAUGGUAGAAGCAAUCUGGCAAGAGCUUGCAAAAGCAAAAUUCAUGGAGUGGGAAUGGAUAUCUGCCAAGCGUGAAUGGGAGUUAAAGAAUUUGAAGGAAAUUUGUGAAGACGCACUUUGUCAAAAACAUGCUCUUGAUAUGUCUCGAACGGAAGAAGAGUCCUCGGAAGAAGCCAAAGCUUCCCAUUCCAAACAAUUGGAAGCUCUCGAACGAGUGUUUGAGAAAGCUGCAGAAGACGACAGAGCGACAGAGGUGCCGGAUUAUCUGUGUUGUAAGAUCACUCUUGAGAUUUUCCGAGACCCUGUCAUUUCUCCAAGCGGGGUUACGUAUGAAAGAUCAGCCAUCCUUGAACAUCUUCAAAAGGUAGGGAAGUUUGAUCCGAUUACGCGUGAAACACUCGAUCAGACCCAACUGGUUCAGAACCUGGCCAUCAAGGAGGCAGUGGCUGCAUAUUUGGAUAAGCAUGGUUGGGCUUACAGGAUAGGAUGACUGCUUCUCAAACCAGGAAAACAUUCGAUAUUUUGGUACAUAUUUUUGGGGUGGGGUUUAUUUAAAGGAAGCAGAAUCAUAACAUAUGGUGCUUGCUUCCUUUACUGUCAUAUUCUGAAUGACUUUGGUCUCCUCCUGAGAUUGUGGAAGACUCCAAUCUUAAGAUGUGGGAAUUGCCUUUCCUCUUCCUAUAUUAUGGAUUCGUUGUCACAACUUUUUUAAUAGCUCACCCCAUUUCCAUCAA